AGGAUGCGGCCGGUCCUCGCUGCACCCCGGGGAGAGCGGGGGACGCCCGUGGCUGCGGGAGUUGCGCGGCGGUUCCGCGGUGCUCCAGAGAAGCUCCGUCGCUCGGGAGAUGCUCCAUCACUCCUGGGGUGCUUCAUCACUCAGAAGGGACUCCGUCCCUCGUGAGAUGCUUCGUCACGUGCGAGGCAGCGCUCCGUUAUUCGUGGGGUGUUCCAUCCUCUGGUGGAACGAAGUUCCACCACCCACGAGAUGCUCCGUCACUCAAAAGGGACUCGCGUCUGUCGUCGGCUGCUUAUCACUGACGAGACCCCCCAGCACCUGUGGCACUCCUCCACUGCCGGCAGACAUCCCCACGGUCACCGUGGGGAAGGGACAAGGGGCUACGUGGCCCCUGGAGGCACAAAGUGCUUGUGCUGGGGGCCCGGGCAGCUCCCGGGAUGCGGUUUGCGGAGCAGCUGGUGCCGACAGCUGGUGCUUCCCGGCCGCCCGCCGUGCUGGGGGCUGGCGGGGCCGGCUCAGCCACUGACGUAUGUUCAGGACAAUCUGAGCGGUGACAAAGUUUUUCAUCCGGCUGCCUGCAGUUCCCUCUGCACCGCCCCUGCGGCUGCGGGGAGGGGUACGGGGCUCGUGGGUCCCCUGGGUGCCGUGGGAAGCGCUGCGCUGUCGGCCGCGCCGAGCGGAGUUGUACGCGCGGCUGGCGCUGCCCGAGGGGCUCGGCCGCGCUCGGCAUGGGGCUCCGGCUCCCCCUGCGCCGCAGCACCAGCUUCACCCCCGACCACCCUGCCCUCAUGGAGGUGCCCGGCCCCACUGCCCUGAAGAUGGAAGCAAACGUCCUUGUCAUGGGAGCGGACAACGUAGGGAAAUCAGCUCUGACCGUGCGUUUUCUGACCCGGCGCUUUAUUGGAGAGUAUGGAGACAUGGAAUUCAUCUACAGCCACAACCUGACUGUGGAUGGCCGAGAGAUUCUCUUACACAUCUGGGACGUCCCCAGUUCCCAGGAGCAGGCAGAGGAUGGCUCCUUGGAGGAGAAGCGAAUCCAAUGGGCAGACAGCUUUGUCCUGGUCUACAGUAUCUGUGACCGUGCCAGCUUCAACAUCCUGCCCCUCAAAAUCCAGUUCAUCAAGGCAGCCAAGGAGGGGCAGAGCCAGGAGAAGGUUCCCAUCGUCAUUGUGGGCAACAAACGGGACCUGCACCACCAGCGGGUGGUGUCCAGCGAGGAGGGGCGGCUCCUGGCCCUCUCCUUAGACUGCGGUUUCUAUGAGGUCUCUGCAGCUGAGGCUUAUCACGGGGCCCUCAUGGUCUUCCAUGGACUGGCCAAGCUCAUCCCAGACACCAAGCUGGCCCUGAAGAAGGGUACAGGGAUCCGUGGCAUCGUCAAGACCAUGUCGGCCGUGUUUGCCCGUAAGCGAACAGACUCCCUCUGAGCUACUGCACGGAUGUUGCUGCUCUCUGUGCUGCCCAGCUGGGUCAAGCCUCCUGGCUGGGUGCCCAUGGAGACGGUGUGUGUGCUCCCAUAAGUAUGACGGGUUCCUUGCUGUCCUCCUAGUGUCGGGGUCUGGGUGUCCUGCCACGCUCAGCCAGUGCAGCCGAGGACUGUAGCGUGUUGCUCUUGGCUCUGCCGUGGGACAGUCUCAUCUCUCUGCUGUACCAGCUCUUUAGGUGCCUCCUGCUUUCUCUGUCUGUCCUCCAACACUGGAAACCACGGGGGGAUUUUGCCAACGCUUCAAGCAGCAGCAUCCCUAGCUCCUGCAGCAGGAGCCGCCCGGGCUGUCAGCGAUUAGGGAGGGUAUCCUGCUCUUGUACAGCACACGACUCUCUGUCUCUCCAUUCCUACUCUGGGGUCCUUACUCCUGUUUAACCCUCAUCAGCAUCCUCUUCAUUAACCCUGGAGCACCCGUGAGCUGGAGAGGUGGGGCUUUCUCCGCUGGGGAGGCACUGGUAGUUCCCACGCGUGUAUCACCGUGAGAGUGUCCCAGAGCCCCGGGCACCGGCCAUCCUCGAGGGCUGGUGUCGCCCAUCCCCCGCGCCGUGCUUUUGAACAGUGCUGCUCUCCCCCACAGCCUUUCAGCGAUCACAGCCGUUUCCCCUGUGCGGGCGAGCGCUGUACAGGCUGUGCCUGGGAAAAGCCAGGCGCGGGGCUCGUUCCCAGGAUGGGAAUUGCACCACGCGCCUUCCCAAGCCGCUCCUUCUGUGAGGCUGCCUGUCCCCGGGGAGGAGAGGAGGUGGGAAAGGGGGUCGCUGGGCUCCCCGCUGAACCCUUCUGCUUCUGGGAGGUUUUUCCCUGCCUCUCCCAAACCUUUCUCUUUGUGCCCUGGGAAAGCAGUGUAUUGGAAGAGGGUUUGUGCGUGCUGUAGGGACACUGAUUUCUCUGCUGUGUUCUUCUGGAAAUGCAAUAAAUUGUCUUUGGCAG